ACAGUUUCAACAGUCCAACAAUUUGAGAAAUCUCGAGAAUUUUGCUUUUUGUAUUGUACACAUGGCAACUAAAUAACAAUAAAUAAUUCUUGCUUGAAAUUGCGUUUUCACUUUUUUUUCUUGCCUAGUUGAUAAAUAACAAACGUUGGGUUUGGCGUUUAAUAUUGUGGAGUUACUCUAGUAUUCCUAAAACAAAUAUAAAGAAAAAGAAAACAUUAAUUUUACAAGAUGGAUAUAAUGGACAUUCAAGCUGUAGAGUCUAAAUUAAGUGAUGUUACUGUAACGCCAAUACCGCGAUCUCAAGUACAAAAUUUUUACUAUCAACAACAGAAGGAACAACGUGAACAACAGCCUCAGAUACAAAUAUCAGCAAUUCAUCAUACACCAAGAGAUAGUUCACAACAUAAUUCGAAUAACAGCAGUAGUGUUCGUGAUUUUUACUCUAAGCGUGAUCGAGAUUAUUUACAACAAAGUAGUAGUACAGUUUUAUCCGCCGCAGCUGCUGCUACCGCCUUGCAGUAUUCGCAACAAUUACAGGCGCAACUAGCAUUACUACAACAGCAAUCUAACACUACAGCGACACCUGCCUCACGUUCGUGCAAUGGUAGUGGUGUAAAUGGUUCAUCUCAAUCACAACAUAAGUAUCCUCAAUCAAAUUCACCUGUCAUCAUUACCACACAAACAUCAGCCAACAUAACCACUCCUAUGACUUCUACUGCUAAUUUGCCAACAGUAAGCAGCUCAGGCAUUAAUAAUGGACUAAGCAAGUAUGCACAACUAUUGGCUGUUAUUGAGGAAAUGGGUCGUGAUAUUCGUCCAACGUACACAGGUUCACGGAGCUCAACGGAACGCCUUAAACGAGGGAUUGUUCACGCUCGUAUACUGGUGCGAGAGUGUCUAAUGGAAACAGAGCGUUCUGCACGCCAAUAAAAUUCAGAUUACUCAUAUUUUGUUUGUGCAGAAAUAAAAUAUGUAAAAUGUUUAAUUAUUGGUUAACUGUAA